AUCGACCGAGGAGGAUGUACCGAUCCGGGGCAAGUACAAUCACUUCAAGGCAGUAGUCGCGUGCAGUCACAAGGUUCGGGGCCAGCUCUCGGUACAAGUGCCGGGAAGGUUUGGAAAGGGUGCCUCCCUCUGGCGUUACAAUCUCGAUCGCGCCUGCGAUAGCCAUCGACCGUAGACAACACAUUCGCGCGGGUGAAUGCCGAGCAGCGAAACCCCACGGCCACGAGCGCGCCAUCGGUACCACCAACACUAGCACAGCGCCGCGCGCACGUUGACGUAGAAAUAAAAUGGCUCGAAGUACGCUGUUGGCACCGCUUGCCUGUCUAAUAUUCCUUAACUGUUUAAAGCCAUUGAUAAGCUGGCCGGCGAACGACAAAGACGCUCCCGCAAUGUCGCACCCCGAGUUCGAUCAGUAUCUUGGCGACUAUCUGCAGGCGGGCGAUACGCUGGCCCUCCUGCUCGACUACGAUGGAACGCUGGCCGAGCUGACGUCCCAUCCGAACCUGACGCAGAUGAGCGAUGCGAUGCGGGACAGUCUGCGCAACAUCGCCAACAGUGGCAAGGCGUUUGUGGCCGUCAUUUCGGGUCGUGACGUGGACGGGGUAAAGGAGAAGAUCGGCCUGGAGAACGUGAUCUACUCGGGGAACCAUGGGCUGGAGGUGCUGUAUCCGAACGGCACCCGCCACAACCAGGGCAUUCCGCGCGAUGUGGCCGACAACUUUGACAAGAUGAUCGAUCAGCUCAAUCGGGAGGUUGUCCACCAUGGAUCGUGGGUCGAGAACAAGCGCGUUUCGAUAACGUUCCACUUCCGGGAGGCGGAACAGCAGUAUGUGCCGGAGAUGGCGGCCCGUGCCAAGGAGAUCAUUGAAUCGUACGGCUAUCGAGCGAAUGCGGCCCACGCCUCCGUGGAAGGCAAGCCACCGAUCCAGUGGAACAAGGGACUGGCGGCGGAGUACAUACUCGGCACCAGCUUCGACGCGAACUGGCGCCAGCGGAAGGUGCUGUUCGCCGGGGACGAUACCACCGACGAGGACGUGAUGCGGAUGAUCAAGGGCACGGGAAGGUCGUUCCGGGUGACGAAAGAUAAGGACCUGGUGACGAGCGCGGACUAUAAAAUACCUUCGGUGGAUGCGGUUUAUCACCUGCUAAAGUGGAUCGAAUCGAGAGUCGUUUAGGGCCAGGCUUUCUUUCCUCCCUCCCCCCGGCGGCCUGUGGGUGUUAAGGUUUCGGCCUCAAUAAACCAGGGCUGGGUGGGGGAAAGGGGACAGUGACAAUCGUGCGGUGUGUUUGUAAACAAACUGCUUCUUAUCAAAAGAUGCUGCCCUUAUCGUUCUUCCUUCUUCGCAAGCAAAAACAACGCAGCGAUUGCCGUUCCACAGCUAACAACGAUGUGACGAAUGAUCAACAGUUUAGCAUUUCUAAUGAGGAUUGUUUUGAGCUGAUUGGGAUCAAACUUACUAAAGUGUUUUUGACCCAAUUGACAUUGGUACUAAAAUUUUGUUCUAAAUUUGCUCGAUUGGUGCUCGAACCGUCCAAAAGUAUGGAUGUGUGUGUGAUCACGCGUGUAGGAAGUGGCAAGUAUGAUUGUGUGCGUGUGAUCUUCUUGUAGCGAACGACGAUGGCAUCAUUUCCAGCUGUCAUUUAUUUGGCUUUGGUGUUUGACGAAAGAACAAAAUAAAUUUUGUGCUCUAUUGUUUUGUGAAAAUUUGUUGGAUUUUUUCAGUAAAAUGGCUACACAACCAAUGAAGAGGAGCAGAAAAGUUAUUUCUCGACGGAACAAAAAGCUUGCAGCUAUGUCGACGGAGUAUGAUCGGCAGAAUAUGUUGGGUGAUGAUGAUGCGGGAACAAGCGGAGUGGUGCACCGUAAUAUCGGUUUAACAUCCCAGUACGAUGAUCCAGAAUACGAUGCAGAAGUGCUUAUGGGAACAUCGUCUCACAACAGCGAUACCGAUUACAUCAGUGAUCGUUCUUCUGAAAGCGAAACCGACGCCGUGGCUGAAGGGUCCACAACUGCUCACAACUGCAACAACCAUAGCGAUAUUGGUGAAUGUUUGCGAACUUGGGCAGUUGUACGUAAUCAGCCACGCUCGUCGGUAAAUGAGAUUUUAGCUAUUUUGGGAAUAUGGACAGAUUUACUUCUUCCGAAGGAUUCUCGCACGCUAUUGAAAACGCCAAAAACCAUCGGGGAAGAGAUACAAUCGAUAGCGGGCGGCGAAUUUUGGUACAAAGGGAUAGAAAAUAAUCUCGUCAAUUAUUUUAAGUCAACUGUUCCAUCAAUCGACGAAUUGUCGAUACAGGUAUCCACCGACGGACUCCCUCUUCAUAGAGGUGGACCUACACAGCUCUGGCCCAUCCUUAUGAAGAUUGUAGAACUGCCCUCAGCCCCAAUUAUGAUGAUCGCAGUGUUUUGUGGACCAGCAAAACCAACCAGUCUGGAAGUAUUUUUAAGACAGUUUGUAGAGGAGGCAAAUGACAUUCAUCGAAGGGGAUUGCGGAUCGGAGAUAAAAUGAUAAGAUUCUCGAUCCAAGCUAUUAUUGCAGAUUCUCCUGCGCGGGCUUUCCUUAAAGCAACAACCUACUUCAAUGGAUAUCACGGUUGUAUGAGGUGUACCUGUGUUGGGGAAUACUAUAAACCUGGAAAAAAAAUUAUUUUCGACUCCGUUGGCGCUCCUCUACGAACGCACCAUGGAUUUAAAUCUAGGGAUUGUCCGGGUCAUCACCAGGAAUGGCGUUCACCCCUGGAAGACCUUGAUAAUUUUGAUAUGGUGGAUAAAUUACCGACUAGUUGUGGGUUGCACUUAUGCGAUGAGGGUGCGACUCGCCGACACUUGUGCGGUCUUAUAGGUGGAUCUGCAGCAAGGCUUGCGACAUGGAUACUGGACGAAGUUGAGUUUUGCGGUCCUGAUGAUUUGGUUUUCUUUGAUGUUCCAGGAAGCAAUAAGGAUGAUGCCGAAAUGAUGCUGGAUGAGGAUGUUGGUGGUCGGACGAGCUUCACUGGAGUGUUCACGGAAGUAUUGAUGAUGAUGCCGAGAGGAUGCGAGAUGAUGAUGCUGAUGUUGACAACUGUACCAGUUUUGCUGGGGCAUUUACGUUGAGGACUGGUCGGCAAAUUCGUUCAGAUUUAAUAAUCACUGGUCUAUUUGCCUGUUUUGCACUUUCAGGAGCUGAUGACGGUGAUGCCGAAAGGACGCGGGGCGAGGAUGCUGAUGAUUGCACGAGCUUCGCUGGGGCAUUCACGUGAAGGACUGGUCGGCAAAUUCGUUCAGAUUUAAUAAUCACAGGAGCUGAUGACGGUGAUGCCGAAAGAACGCGGGGCGAGGAUGCUGAUGAUAGCACGAGCUUCGCUGGGGCAUUUACGUUGAGGACUGGUCGGCAAAUUCGUUCAGAUUUAAUAAUCACUGGUCUAUUUGCCUGUUUUGCACUUUCAGGAGCUGAUGACGGUGAUGCCGAAAGGACGCGGGGCGAGGAUGCUGAUGAUUGCACGAGCUUCGCUGGGGCAUUCACGUGAAGGACUGGUCGGCAAAUUCGUUCAGAUUUAAUAAUCACAGGAGCUGAUGACGGUGAUGCCGAAAGAACGCGGGGCGAGGAUGCUGAUGAUAGCACGAGCUUCGCUGGGGCAUUCACGUUAAGGACUGGUCGGCAAAUUCGUUCAGAUUUAAUAAUCACUGGUCUCUUUGCCUGUUUCGCAGUGCAAGGAGCUGAUGACGGUGAUGCCGAAAGGACGCGGGGCGAGGAUGCGAUGGCUGACGAUUGAACCAGGUUCACAGGGGCAUUCACGUGCCAGGAGCCGAUAAUGGAGAUGCCGAAAGGACGCAGGAUGAUUUUUUUGACCAUUGCACGAGCUUCACAGGGGCAUUCACGGAAGGAAUAAUGGUGAUGUAGAUAUGGAUGUCUUUAAUGGUACGAGGGUCGCUGGUACUACCGAUGCCUGCGCUUUUACGCUGAGAUCUGGAAAUGAUGCCAUCGGUGCCGUUAUCGUUUUAUACACGUUGUUUGAAGCCAUUUCGCUAAACGUAUCCUAAAUGAACAUUUUGUUUAUUUAGUGAACCAUUUGAUUUCAAUUUAUCCUAAUUAAUAGGUACCUUUUUAUGUUUUGCAGAAAAUCCGACAGAAAUAAUAAAACAAAUUUUAGAUUUCAGCUUAUGAAGCAUCACCGAACAA